AGAGGAUUGCCCGUACAUAUUAAACAUAAGAGUCAAUUGGAAAAUAUUCUUGUAUUCUUUUGAACUGAGUAAAAGCCAGAUCACUGCUGAUAUAAAAGAUCAAGCAAGUAAAGCAGAUGAAUAUAUACGAUGCGCUAUAAAUCAUCUCAACAAGCAGCCCAACAGGCAACAGUCAUCUGAUGUGCAACCCAAGCAACUGUUUGGCCCGUCCAAUUCUAUAUUUUCUCAACCGAACAAUAUGGUUUCUCAAGAUCACCGAGUUGCAUUGCCAAUUGACAGUUCACAAGACAGUAUUAUAAAUCAAUCGUCAAUUGUAAAAGGCCAGAGCAAUGCUGUCAAACAACAGACAAACAUUGCACUCCAUGAAUGUGGUGUAAACAACAAUGCUCCAAGGAUUUCGGCAACUGAAGCAGUUGGUUCAAGGACCAACACUGAGAGGAUUUUACCCUUGAUUAAAGAAAGCAAUGCUGUCAAACAACAGACAAACAUUGCACUCCAAGAAUUUGGUGUAAACAACAGCGCUCCAAGGAUUUUGGCAACUGAAACAUUUGGUAAAUGGACAAACACUGAGAGGAUUUUACCCUUGAUUAGAGAAAGCAAUGAUCAAAAUCAAGGAUUUCACAACACUGAAGUGCAAAGUCAUGCAAUGCAGAAGCUGAUUAGAGCGGUUGGCCUUUAAAAUUCGUGUCUGCUCCUUAUUUAUGUUUUCAUUGACGCAUAAAAUAUGUGUGCUGAUACGUAGUAAAAUCUAUGAAUCUGAUAUUGCUUUUAGUUGAAAUCCGUUUCAGCAGUUGGUGAAAUUGAAGAGGUGGUUCAUUUGAAUGAUGAAAUACGAGAGGUGGUUGAUGAACAAGGACUACCAUUCUUCAUUACUCCCGGAGAAUGGAAAAUGCCUCGCAGCUUUGUUGCAACCACCUUUGACACUCCUAGCAUGCGUAAAGGUUUCAAUCAGUUCACUUACAUUGCGGAAUCUGACUUGAAUUCUUUCACAACGAAAGGAAAACGCUCUCUAACUGUGCAGGAAAAUCAUAAUCUUUUAGCAGAAAUAAAAGACAUAAACAAUCGAUUGUUCGAUUGUGAGGUGGUUAUCGCUGAAAAGGAAAAUGCUAAAAAUGCGGUUGGAUUAGCUACUGAUCCAAGUGAAGGUUUAGUUGUUAAAAUCCUGUAUAAUGCAGUGACUAUCAAUCAGAAUCUUGUAUCUCACUUUACAGCUGAUAAAAAGUCAUUGAUCGAACCACUACGUUUGCUUAUUCCUUCAAGUUAUCCGUCUUGCUCUCUUGUCAUUCUGGACGAAUUGCCGUUGAAAGUCAGUGAUGACCUGAGAGCUCUAUCUGAGAGAGCAAAAGAAAAGCUGAGAUUUAAUCUUUGUAGAAUGGAGGAACCACUGUUGAUUAAGGAUAUAGCAAGAGUGUGGGAAAGGUGUGCUAGAGAAGCAAUCCUUGAUUAUGCACAUGUUAACGGUGGUGGAACUUUCAGCUCCAUGCAGGGAGGUUGGGAGGUCUAUUGAUUCAUUCUCAUUUUUGCUGUUUGUUUCAACCGGAAGAUGCAUUUAUGUAGAAAAGUGUGAAAAUUUUAAGAAAAAGUUGCUAAAAACAACAAUAGUAGUGUACAUAAGAAAAGUGUCACACCAGAUACUUGUAAGAAGGAAAAGCAAAAGGGAUAGUGAUGA